CACGCCAUGAACUUUUGAAUUUGAACCCAGUGGGGGAAGCCAAAGUGCCAGGAUUUAGGCUGCAUUGACUGAUCCUGGUGAAUAUUCGGAAUCCGUUAAAUCCAGACAGGCAAUGCUAUGGUGAGGUGUGUCAAUGAUGACAGAUGUGGAGGCAACUUACGAGGACUUCAUCGCUUCUCGGCGAUCCGGCCGCAGGAACGCCAUCCAUAUCAUCCCAGGAAGCCCAGGAGUGCAGGGGGCCACGGACCUGUCCCAAACUCUGGCACAGAUUAAUAUCAACAAAUCUGGUGAUGAGGAAGAUGACACUGAGAAAGGCCAAGACUCUUGUGCGAAAGAAGAGGAGACUCAAGCUGAAGGGUCCUAAGUUGAAAUUGGGACCAUGGGGGGGACUUUAGGAGGCCAUUAUGGUCCCAGAAUAGUCCAGUUUUCGACCCUCUACUGCCAUCAUCUCACCAGCGUUGCGCCAACUGCAGUGCAGUCAACUAUAUAUUAAUGAGUAUGUUGAAAGUAACAACGUUUUCUUGCUGCAUUUGUUUUUGUGGGCAGUGAUACAGGAAUAUAGCAUGAUAUAAACAACUAAAUCCAGUCCUUCUGUACUGGUAUUAUUCACAAGUGUAGAGAGGGGAAUGAAACAUAUACCAAAAGGAAAAGAUCCCCUAAGGAUUUUUUGAGGCAAGCUCAUAUUAAGAGUUGCUACAAGGUUAAGCUUGUGUCCCUUCGCCUUGUUCUGCUUUGACUCAACCAGCACUCAUUUAUGUGAAACACUCCCAGGAAAUAAAAACACUUCAUAUCGUGCAACGCCUGUAGACAUACUUCCUCUCUCGAUGUUUGCAGUCAGCUUAUCCCUUGCUCUUUCAGUAAUCUUUUGCAUGUUUUCCACUUCUGGGCCAUAGAUCUAGUUUAGUUACUUAAUUGGCUUUGUUGACUUUCUCUUUGUCCAUCUGCCUUAGGGAAUCUCAGAUGCAGCUGGUGCAAAUGAUGAUUAGUUAAUGCACUUUUAGGCCUGAAAAGUAGCAUUUUAAAUUUGCAGGGUUUCUGAGGCAAUGUGUAGAUUAGAGGUCAUACUGUCAGUUUUUUGUUUUGUAAUUUUUCAACAUUCAGUCUUUUUUUCUUCAAGAUCUUCAUAUGAAUCUCCAAUCUUGUAACAUCUAAAGGAUUUUGUAAUGUAGCUUUCUUAGCCAUCUUUUACAGAUGGAAUUUUUUGCACAAAUAAGUCAUGAAUUCUUAAUAUUGUUUAUAUUAUUUGGGCAAUUACAUCUUAGGUACACAUCUGGACUAAGUUUUGUUUUCUUACUGCAGUAUCAUGCCUUUUGCUAUCUGUGAUAAAAACAAAUCUUCCUCUAAAAUCCACAUUCCUGGUCUCUAAACAGUAACACACUGUCAUGUAUCAUAUAAAAAUGGUUGUUUGUGUAUGUUAGCUUGUUAAAAAAAUAUUUGUGGUUUUGUGCAACCUUAAGAGAAUAACAGGUAUUUUCUGCUGGACAAUGGAAAAUGCACUACUGAUGUCACUCAGAUCUAAUCAUGGGUGGAUUAUAAUUUAUUAUUUAUUUACUUUUGAUGGGAUGACUGUUGGGCUUGUACACUCUGCUUCUAAACCUUUUUAUAGUAAAAGAAGAAAAACAACAACUUAACAACAGCUAAACCGAAAAUAUGCAGAAGAUGCUGUGAAAUUGUUUAAUUCAGUGGUAUUUAAGUAUCUGAUAAUUUUUUUUCUCUAAGAUUUGAGGCAUUAUUCAGAAUAAUAGUGGUUAAAAAAUAUUUGUACAGCAACUCAGGUGCAGUGUGUUUUAAUGACUAGAACUUUUGCAAUGUCUCUGACUGCCUUCAGUAACUCAGGCACAACACGUUUUGAAAUGUUUACAGUUUAUUGACAGCAGCUGGACAUUUUUUGUAAAGUCAUGUCAUUUAAAAUAACUGGAUGAGAAGUUUGGGUGUGCAGAAACAGCAUGGUCGAUGCUUCCCUCUGGUGGCUGACCACACCUGAUCUUCAUGAAUAAAGAGCCAUACGACAAAAGCUGUUUUGGAUUACUGUGAAUUAAAAGAUGAUGUCCAUUUA